AUGCGAGAAAAUGAAACCCAAGAUCUAAAAAGAAACCUUACAGCUAUCAUGUCUUUAGCUAGUGAUUCAAACGAUAAGGGGUCCUCAAAUUUGACCCAUAAGAAGAGGGUCUUCAUUACUGAUUUUUUUCAAGUAAAAAAAAAGAAAGUGGAAAAGACUUCUUCUCAAAUCACAAGGGACAAUAAAACAUUAGAACCUAACGUUCAAAAGCUAAAGACCUCAAAUACAACAGAACUGGUUGGCGAGUCUCAUGAAGAAUGUGAUUUAGAUAAAUUGAACGACAAGGAAAGUUCUACGGAUCCUUAUGCUUCUUUCUGUGCGAGAUAUAAUUUCAACAAAGAAACAUGGGUUUCAUCAUUAACAGAGGAGCAACGCGAUUUACUUGACAUAGAGAUAGAACAUUUGCAUAUUACCUGGUUGGUUUUUUUACAUAAAUCAUUAACAAAGCCAUAUUUUCUUAAUCUCAAACGAUUUUUGAAAUCACAAUCCAAUAAAACUAUAUUCCCUCCUAGACAUAUGAUAUACUCUUGGUCCCAUUAUACACCACUACCCGAUCUUAAGUGCUUGGUUCUAGGACAAGAUCCAUAUCAUAACUACAACCAAGCGCACGGAUUGGCCUUUUCAGUAUUGGAGCCCACCAAACCUCCACCUUCGCUCGUGAACAUCUACAAGACACUUUCAAUUGAUUAUCCAGAGUUUAUCGUCCCCGAUACUUCCCAGCUUGCCAAGAACGGUACACCAGGAGGAGGAAAUUUAACCAAGUGGGCUCGAAGUGGCGUCUUGAUGCUCAAUGCUUGCCUAACGGUCGAGGCCCACAAAGCUAAUUCACACGCCGGAAAGGGCUGGGAACUUUUCACAGAGGAAGUUAUUCAGACUGCUAUAAAUUAUUUCCAAAAUAGGGGUGGGUUUGUGAUUAUGGCUUGGGGCUCUCCAGCUCAAAAUAGAGUGGCUAGGUUCGCAAGACAAUUGCAAAAUUCUGAUUUCUUAGUGCUCAAGACUGUACACCCAUCGCCCUUGUCUGCUCAUAGAGGAUUCUUUCAGCUGCAAGUCUUUAAGAAAUGUAACGAGUGGCUAGAUAAAAAGCACAAGAAGAAGAUUAAUUGGGGUUUAAUAGACGGAAAUGUAGUUUCAUAG